GGUACCGGACUCAUUCAAUCUUGUUUUUCUAGAUAACUGGCAAUUCAUAAGAAAAUGAGCUGCCAACAAAUGGUUGGACACACAUUGCUGAUUUGCAUUAUAUUAGAUCUAUCAUCUCAAAAGUAUUUCAAUGAAAACAGCAUUGGAGAAACCGGAACUUGUCCUGUACUGGAAUCCCUUACUACCCACUCCUGAUCCUUUCCUCCUAAGACCUUGGUGAUGAGCAGAAACAAUGCACAUGUGGAUCCAGGGUCUUUUUAUCAGAGUGAUAGAUAAAUGUUGAUGAGAUGUUUGUAGCACGUAAAUUUUAAAGGUGAUUGACAUUAGUCCGGGGAGUCAUGAAUCUAAAUUUUGCAUAAUUUCUGCUAAAAACGUGUGUUGAAAUACAAAAAAAACUUGGACAAGUUCCACAUACACGUACAAAUGACUUUUUAAAAUUAUAAAAAGAUAUAUAAACUGCUGAUAUCUUUGACACUUUGACAUUUUUGAGUUAUUAUAAUAUUUGCAAGUUAUAAAUAUUGAUAAUCUAGGUCCUAUGCCACUAUGUAAAUUUAAGAAACCAUUAGCUUGCUGAUUUCCAUGAGAAGUGUCCCAGAAAGUAGUCUAGAAAUUGACAUGUACAUUAAGUCUUAUUAUAAUAAUAAAUCUUCCAAGUGUGCAUGUAUAAAUGGGCUCAUAUGUAUGUCAAUUUUAGUAUGUUCAUGCUGAAAUUUUCAAUAAAUACAGAAGAGACAUGGUAUGAUAUUCCAUUUAUUAAAUUUCAUAUGAAACACAAAUUUAAUUCACAUGCCCAACAAAUGUGAUAGUGUUUAAUAAGCGAAUGUUGCAACAUUAAUAAACCUUUGAAAAUUUUUCUAAUUUCAUAUGCCCACCCUGACUGUUGAUUACAACCUGGCAGCAUUGUGGCACGGAUGUGACACCAUUGUUUUCCUAAUAUUUGGACUUACAUUGCUGGCUGUAAGUGAGAACAUUUUUGCCUUGAAAUAGCAAACCACCGUCACUGAUUAUUUAUACUAGUGACCAAUAGAUUUAUGGAUUCCACCAUGGUAGAACCUCCAAAUAAAAAGGUCAAGGUUGUCAAUAGUGAAGAAGUUUUAGUUGACAGAUUUUGUGAUCCUCAGAAGCCACAAGUAGUAACAUUUCAGGAUGUGAGCGCUGCAGCAUACAAGAUUAAAGGUGGAAUACAGAAAACACCAUGUCUAAAAUCACAGAUGUCCAGUACAUUUGAUAUGAAGAUAUAUUUCAAGAAAGAAUUCUUACAAUAUACAGGAAGCUUUAAAGAAAGAGGAGCAAGGUACACUCUGUUAAUGCUAACACAGGAACAGAAGAAAGCUGGUGUUAUAGCAGCUAGUGCUGGGAACCAUGCUCUAGCUUUAUCUUAUCAUGGUCAGGAUCUUGGUAUACCGGUUACCGUGGUGAUGCCAGUUAUAGCUCCACUCAUGAAAAUACAAAACUGUAGGAAGUAUGGAGCAACAGUUCAUAUUAAAGGUGCCAAUUUAAGUGAGUCACGUAUACAUGCAAUGAAGAUGGGUCAAGAAGAAAAGUUACUUUACAUAAAUGGAUAUGAUCAUCCACACAUAUUAGCUGGACAGGGAACUAUGGGACUAGAAAUCGUAGAACAAGUACCUGAUCUAGAUGCUUGCAUUAUACCCGUCGGGGGAGGAGGAUUAAUUGCUGGAGCAGCACUUGCAAUAAAAAAUCUUAGACCUAAUGUUGCUAUCUAUGGUGUGGAGUCAGAGAAGUGUCCAAGUUUUACACGAGCUAUGGAAGCAAAUAAACCUGUAUAUACAGAAACACAUUCAACUCUAGCUGAUGGUCUUGCUGUACCUACUGUUGGUGUAAAUGCAUUUGCUACAGCUCAUAGUUUGAUAGAUAAGAUGAUAGUAGUGAGGGAGGAGAAUAUUGCAUUGUCAAUAUUACGUCUACUAGAAUUAGAGAAAGCUGUUGUAGAGGGAGCUGGUGCUACUGGUCUCGCUGCUGUAGUAGAGGGACUUGUACCUGAACUACAGGGAAAAAAAGUUGUGAUAGCAUUAUGUGGAGGUAAUAUAGAUACAACAGCUCUAGGUCGUGUUAUAGAGAGAGGACUAGCUGUAGAUGGUAGAUUAGUACGGUUUGUUGUUCAAGUCAGUGACAGACCUGGUGGUAUUGCUGAACUUACUAAACUCAUGGCAGGACUUGGUGUCAGUAUUAAAGAUAUUUUCCAUGAGAGAGCAUGGAUAAAAACAGACAUAUUUUCUGUACAGGUGAAAGUUGUAUGUGAGACCAGGGAUGCUGAACAUAGUGAGGAACUUCAUCAAGCUAUUAAAUCUAAAUACUCAUCAUAUACUUGGGGCCCGAGAACCUAACUUACACUCUUGAUAUACCAAAUAAUCACUUUUGGUAUUUAUAACAUUUGAUUUUAAUCAGUAUUUUCUAUAUGUUAACAUGCUAUUUUGGUGAUAUAUUCAUGGUUACAGGACUGAAGCAUUUGUGUUCCAUCUUGACAACAUGAUUUAUUUAAGGUUGUUGAAUGUCAUACAAGAGUUAUGAAUCAAAGUUUCAUCAUUUGUAUGCUAUAGUUAACUCUAGAUGGGUUAUAUAAAGU